GCACACACAUUCAUGAAUUCUUUAACAAUAUUCAGUUUUAUAUUUUCUUUGUUUAAUACGGAGUAAUAUAUUAUAGUAAUUGUUUAUGAAAAGGAGAGUCUUUGGCUUCGCUUCGCUUUAGCUUUUGUUUGACCCCCUCCUCCAAAUUCGUCUAGUAGUCCAGAAUCUGAGGCCCCCAGACCAGACAGUCAAUUUUCAUCUCUUUCCUCUUCUUCUGCUGUUCUUGCAGCAGUUACACUCAGCAACAACAGCUUAGGAACUGCAUUCCUUUUCCUUUUCUACACUGCUUUUCUUUAACUGCCAAAGCUAACCCUUCAACUGAACUCAUACUCAACUGGGGUUUAGUUUUCUCAUCUUUUUGCAAUUCAGGUGCAAUUUUUUUUUCCCUCUCUCCAAUAUCUGCUCUGCUUUUCUGUUUUGUGGUGUAAGUAGACGUUUGGAUCUCUUUGGCCUUAUGAUGGAUAUAAAAAUGGCUGCUGGAGGAUGGAACGAUUGGAUCUAAAUUUUCGGUAGGGUUUUUUAUUGUCUAAUGGCAUCAAUAAUUGGAGCUAGACAUUGUCCUGAAAUGCAGCAAAAGUCCACCGGAGCUCAUCAAUCAGCAGAUGCAAGUAAGUCCAGAUCUUUGCCUUCACAGGCCUCGUUGAUGAAUAAACACAAGCUGGUUCCUUUUGAGCAAAUAGAGGAAUCUGGCAAAAUUUCGGUUCCUGUUGCUGCGAAAGCUCUGGAUGAUAAAAAAUCGGAGAACUGUAAUGAAAAAGGCUCUUCUGAUUCCUCAACUGAUAAAUCUCAUUCGGUGAUCUCAUCAAUUGACAAUGAUCAAGUGUCUACACCUAAAGUGAAUGAGUCCAGGAGCUCCCGGGAAGUGUCUGUUGAUCAAGAAAAGGAAACAUCUGAGCCGGGUAGUGUAAAGAACAGUUCGGUUUCUCCAAAAGUCAGUGAUGGAACCAGCAGCCUACCAAAGACUAGUGGAACCGCCAAAAUAAGUGGUCGUGCUGAAUAUGCUGAGAGUGGGAAGAGCAGUAUGUGCAGAGGAAGCACGAGCACUGAUGUCAGCGAUGAGAGCUCUUGUAGCAGUUUCACUAGCAGUGUCAGUAAACCUCAUAAAGCAAAUGACUGUAGAUGGGAAGCCAUUCAAGUUGUCCGAGCAAAAGAUGGGGUCUUGGGUUUAAGCCAUUUCAGAUUGUUAAAGAGAUUGGGUUGUGGAGAUAUUGGGAGUGUUUACUUGGCAGAAUUGAGCGGAACGAAGUGUUAUUUUGCCAUGAAAGUGAUGGAUAAAGGGUCUCUGGCUAGUCGUAAGAAGCUUCUUCGUGCUCAGACAGAAAGGGAAAUUCUACAAUCCCUGGACCAUCCUUUUCUCCCGACACUCUACACCCACUUUGAGACAGAUAAGUUUUCGUGUUUAGUUAUGGAAUUCUGCCCUGGAGGAGAUCUGCACACUCUUAGGCAGAGACAGCCUGGGAAACAUUUUUCAGAACAAGCAGUCAGAUUUUAUGUGGCUGAGGUCCUUCUAGCUCUGGAAUAUCUACACAUGCUUGGAAUUAUCUACCGCGACCUUAAGCCAGAAAACGUCCUGGUGAGAGAAGAUGGCCACAUAAUGCUCUCGGACUUUGACCUCUCACUUCGUUGCGCUGUCAGCCCGACUCUAGUGAAGACGUCAACCUUGGAGUCGGACCCUCUCCGGAAGAACACUGUUUACUGUGUCCAGCCAGCUUGUAUAGAGCCCUCUUGCAUUCAACCGUCUUGUGCUGUUACCACAACCUGCUUCUCUCCUCGCCUCUUUUCUAGCAAGUCCAAGAAGAGCAGAAAACCAAAAACCGAUAUUGGCAACCAAGUUUCCCCUCUACCUGAGCUGAUUGCAGAACCCAGCAGUGCUCGGUCCAUGUCAUUUGUAGGGACGCACGAAUACUUGGCACCAGAGAUAAUUAAAGGCGAAGGCCAUGGAAGUGCUGUGGAUUGGUGGACAUUUGGGAUCUUUCUGUACGAGCUUUUAUUCGGUAAAACCCCAUUUAAAGGUUCCGGGAACCGAGCCACGCUAUUCAAUGUGGUGGGGCAGCCGCUUAGAUUUCCAGAAUCACCAGUUGUGAGCUUUGCUGCCAGGGAUCUGAUACGCGGGCUGCUCAUUAAAGAACCACAGAACCGAUUGGCUUAUAAAAAGGGAGCCACCGAAAUAAAGCAGCACCCUUUCUUCGAAGGAGUCAACUGGGCGUUGAUACGCUGCGCUACGCCCCCCGAGGUCCCAAAGCCAGUCGAAUUCGAGCAAUUGCCUGUUCCAGCAGCAUCGACAAGCGAAAAAGCGACUCCUGUCGCAGUGGCCCCCACUCAGAAAGGCUCUGAUAAUUACCUGGAGUUUGAUUUCUUCUAGUAAAUAUUGCUAGUAUAAUUGGAAUGUGCUUGCUCUAUGGAGAAGAUACUUUUAAAUUCAUUAUGAAUAUUUGGCAUUUUAGUAAUCUUGAUGGCAGAUUCCUUUGUUUAAUUGCCUGUGCAGCCUCCUUUCUUUCCUCAACCUCUUCCAUGACAGCUCUAUCUCCCCAGGAAACCCGAGGAGUUAUUCCGGGCUGAUUUGCAGAAACACACGAUUUGGGUCGAAACGUGACAGCAGAUCAGUCGCCUUACACCGGAGGAAACUGCCCUGCCCUUAGCUGCUCAAGAGAAUCCAGCAACAUGAUCACUCUGUAUAUUUCUUUCUUAUUAUUUUUUUGAUACUUCCUAGGAUAUGUUCCACAUUCGAAGGUACAUUAGUAGGACCCAAUGUAGAUGUUCUCCCCCACCUUUGCGAUCUUCAUGCUUUUUGAAUGUUGGUGUAUUCUCUGACACUUGGAACCAUAAUGCUUACUACUCCGUACUAUUUUGCAAGGUUGCUUCAUACUUUUGCUUUUA